CCUGUAGAGACCCGGAGGCCGGGGCCGCCUUGCGACGCCCACUAUUCGGCUUCUCCUGCUACAUCUUUUCGGAGAAGCAGCGGCGACCUCGGCCUCCAGCUCGUCCAGGGGGAGCGACGCGGCGGCCGGCCGGGAUGGUGUUCCUGGGCUUGUUGCAGUCGGGCGGCUUGGUGCUGGGCCAGGCGAUGGAGCAGGUGACAGGAGGCAACCUGCCCUCCACGCUGCUUAUCGCCUGCGCCUUCACGCUCAGCCUGAUCUACCUGUUCCGCCUCGCAGUGGGCCACAUGGUCCAGCUGCCCGCCGGGGCGAAAAGUCCACCGUACAUUUUCUCUCCAAUUCCAUUCCUUGGCCAUGCAAUAGCAUUUGGGAAAAGUCCAAUUGAGUUCCUGGAAAAUGCAUAUGAGAAGUAUGGUCCUGUAUUCAGCUUUACCAUGGUGGGCAAGACGUUUACUUACCUUCUGGGGAGUGACGCAGCUGCACUGCUUUUCAAUAGUAAAAAUGAAGAUCUGAAUGCGGAGGAUGUCUACAGUCGACUGACAACUCCCGUAUUUGGGAAGGGCGUUGCAUAUGAUGUGCCAAAUGCAGUGUUUUUGGAGCAGAAGAAAAUGUUAAAAAGUGGCCUUAACAUAGCCCACUUUAAGCAGUAUGUUUCUAUAAUUGAAAAAGAAACAGAGGAAUACUUUCAGAGUUGGGGAGAAAGUGGAGAAAGAAAUGUGUUUGAAGCGCUUUCUGAGCUCAUAAUUUUAACAGCUAGCCAUUGUUUACAUGGAAAGGAAAUUAGAAGUCAACUCAAUGAGAAGGUGGCCCAGCUGUAUGCAGAUUUGGAUGGAGGUUUUAGCCAUGCUGCCUGGCUGCUGCCAGGUUGGUUGCCUCUGCCCAGUUUCAGACGCAGGGACAGAGCCCAUCGAGAGAUCAAGAAUAUUUUCUAUAAGGCCAUCAAGAAACGCAGGCAGUCCGAAGAAAAAGUUGAUGACAUUCUCCAAACUUUACUAGACUCUACAUACAAGGACGGGCACCCUCUGACAGAUGACGAGAUAGCGGGGAUGCUCAUUGGACUCCUGCUGGCAGGACAGCACACCUCCUCCACCACCAGUGCCUGGAUGGGCUUCUUUUUGGCCAGAGAUAAACCGCUUCAAGAAAAGUGCUACUUAGAACAGAAAGCAGUGUGUGGUGAGGACCUGCCUCCCUUAACUUAUGAGCAGCUGAAGGAUCUGAAUUUGCUUGACCGAUGCAUAAAAGAAACAUUAAGACUGAGACCUCCUAUAAUGACCAUGAUGAGGAUGGCCAGGACCCCUCAGACUGUGGCAGGGUACACCAUUCCUCCAGGGCAUCAGGUGUGUGUUUCUCCUACUAUCAACCAAAGGCUGAAGGACUCCUGGGUAGAACGCUUGGACUUUAAUCCUGACCGCUACUUACAGGAUAACCCAGCAUCAGGAGAGAAGUUUGCUUAUGUGCCGUUUGGAGCUGGACGGCAUCGUUGUAUUGGAGAAAAUUUUGCAUAUGUUCAAAUUAAGACAAUUUGGUCUACUAUGCUUCGUUUGUAUGAAUUUGACCUCAUCAAUGGAUACUUUCCCAGUGUGAAUUAUACAACAAUGAUUCACACCCCUGAAAACCCAGUAAUCCAUUACAAAAGAAGAUCAAAAUGAAAAAGGAACAAGGAACCAGUGUGGGUUAAUGACUGCAAGCGGCAGCUUGAGAGAGAAUGAAGCUUAUGAAACAACUUUCAGUGUGUACUGUUUUUUUGAGUGUGUAGUUCUGAAAGCCAGUUUGAUUUUAAUGUCUUAUUAAUGCAGGUGACUUUUAGCAAAUCUAAUGGCAUUUGAAACAGUUUAUAAUAGUUUUGAUAGGAAUUCAUGGAAGUCAAACUUUUGAGUUAGAAAUUGUUUCGGGGAAUCUAGAUAGUUGGCUAGAGAAUACAGUGUUCAGGUGUUAACUUCAGAAGCACACAUUGCUCCAAGGAGACCACUUUCACGAGUGUAUUCUGUAAGUUUAAAAGCCUAGUCAGAGUCUGCAAAUUGUGUGUAAAAAUGCGAAAGGGUAAAGAAUAAGCUCCCUGCCAAAGCUUCAGAUGAAAGCGAACACUAGUUAGAUGGAGUGAUGUGUCCUUUGAAAUUUUAACUUGUAGCACAGGUGCAGGAAGAUGGCCGAGACAUCGGACCAUGCCUUGAUAGCCAUGUUUCCUAAAAAUAAUAAAUACUAAAAAGUGCUAUGUUACCAGCUCCGCGUGGUCAAAUUUUGGUGAAUCUUUAUGGGAUUUGAUUGUGAUUGCUUGAGGUUCUUUGUAUCCUCUCCAGAAUGCAGUUAGAAAAGUUUCAAUAAGAUCUUGAGACCAGUGACUUCUGGGCUUUAGGUUGGAAUGAGAAAUGGUGAUGACUGGUUGCAUUCUGUGGGAGCUGUGUUCAGGAGCCCUAGCCUAACCAAUUGUAACCAUGGGCCCAACUCUGUGACAUGCCUGUCAUCAUACUGGAGGAGUCAAGAUGAUUCUGUGCCCAUGUUUGAUGCUUGUGCCUAGCACUUAAGGCUGAGGCAGGAGGAUUUUGAGUUUGAGACCAAUGUAGGCUGCAUAGCAAGACUGUCUCUCCCCUCCCCCCCAAAAAAGGAAAGAAAUACCCUCUCCCAAAUAACUUUUUUUCCCCUAAAGUAUGUUACAGUUUUAAGAGGCUUAAAGACUCUGUAUGAAGGCAAAUCUCUGCUGUUAAAAGUUUUACAUUAAAAAUGUCUGACAAAAAUUUAACUGGUCUAUUCAUGGAUUUAAAUUGUGUACACAGUGUAAGCACAGUUCAAAGGAUCUGAGAAUUUGGAAAAUUAGAUCCUAUUUGUAUGAAUUAGACUCCUGUUGGUAAUGCCUUUGGGUUAUGAAUUUAGGCAAGUCACUAGUGUUAUCAUCUCCUCGUGAGCAACCAGGUAUUUUUUCAAUAGUUGUUGAACUCACACUUUUUUUCUCCUUUUUGCUACAGUAGCUAUUAUACUACUUCUAGGUUAUAGAUGCUGUAGACUUAGAUUUGUAGAUUUGUGGCACAGAGUUGUGACUCUUGAGUAAGGCUGGCCUAUUUACUGACUCGUUUUAGACUUUGACAUAUUUUCAGUGCUGGGAUUAAAUAAAGGGCCCAGGCAUUAGAAUUCAACAGAUCAGUUACUGAGAAUAACACAGCAGAGACCUAAGGCCGUAGGAGGUCGACAGUCCAUCCAGCAGUGGGGCAGACUCAGCUGACAAGCACUUGUCCAUCCACCUUUUUCCUAGAGAAUGGCCUUGACUUGGCAACUGUAUUAAAAGGUUUUUAUGCACAAUUUCCCCCUGCAGCUAGUUAUUUUAGAGUAGCUUUUUCUAUUUGUAGAAAGCUUAGUUGUUAAUAUGGAAAAUAAUAUUAGAAAUUCCCAGCAAUAUACAGCUUUGUGAUUGUGUUCCUAUAAAGACCAUUACUAGUGAAACAAUAUCUUCCAGAUGUAAAGAAUAAUGCUGCCAUUUUAGGCAAUGCUGUGCAAGUGGGGAAGAAACCCUCUGGAGAGCUGUAUUCUCUGAGUUUCCCAGUUUGACUGACUUAGCAGGAGGCAUCCUGAAUUUUGCUGCACUCUUAUUGAUACAAUUUAAUAUUCUUUGAGCUGAUUUCUGUUUAGAUUGUGAGGAGGCUUCUUUGGACACAAGAACACUAAAUGUAAUAAAAUAGACUAAUCAUGACAAUGCUAACAUAAGAGUUGAAAACACUUACAAUAGAUAGUUCAUACAAGGGCACACUGAAAAUGUUCCGUAAUGGAGGAAGAGAGAAACCCACUUUUUGGAUCUUAAGUUUUCCUUAUUAGAGAUAAGAAACAAGAUGAUAUGCUGUGGCUUAGUUAAAAAUAAAAGUUCAAAUA